AUGGAUGUUUCGCUUCUCUUCCCGGAAACUCAUGGGCUUGUCAAAAAUUCACCCAACCUCAACGAAACUUCAAAGAACACCGGCACGGUGAAAGCUAAGUCUUUUGCUGCUAUGGUCUCAAACAACGUUUGUGAUAUCCCCCUCAGUCAGCUCCCGACUCCUUGUCUUAAAGGGGAUAGGCUUGCCAUAACAAUUCCGGAAGAAGAAUAUGCCCUGGGAGUCGAAGCUUGCAAGCAUCAUCUUCACGGAAGGGUGGUUUGGUCUAAAGGAUCUCAACCUCUCACGGUCGUUAACUUAAAGAGCAAACUUUUGGAGUUAUGGCCUUCUAUUGGAAAAUGGGGUAUCACCUCUUUAGGUAAAGGCUUUUUUGAAUUCGCUUUUUCUUCGUUAGAAGAUGUUCACAGGGUUCGCUCGGUUAGUGCUUGGAAUAUACCUAAUGGAAUCCUUAAACUUUUUCCUUGGACAAAGGAUUUUAUCCCUUCUACGCUUAAGCAAACUUCAGCGCAGGUGUGGAUACGAAUCCAUGGAUUAUCUCAAGAGUAUUGGAGACCAAGGAUACUGUUUUCAAUUGCCAGUAGCAUUGGAACGCCGAUUUGCAUUGAUUCUGCAUCUAAUAAAUCGGCUUUCGAGCGCCCUUUUGGACAUUUUGUUAGGAUUCUGGUGGAUUUGGAUCUUACAAAAGAGCUCAGCUAUAAAAUUCUAGUGGAAAGGGUGGGUUUUGCCUUUUUUGUGGAUAUUGAAUACGAAAAAAUUCCGGAAUUCUGCAGCUUCUGCAACAACAUUGCACACUCUAUUACAAACUGUAAAAGGAAAGAACAAGUAAAUGGUAAGUCAAGUACCCCUGUUCAAAAGAAGGACACUUCUGCCUAUGUUCCUACUGGGAGGGUUUUCACUAAUGGGGAAACAUCUAUGGCACAUAGGAGCCCUCUACAUGUGGAGGAUGGGAUUACUGAAGUGGAGGCUCAGGCUCAAGAUGAGCAUUUGGAAAACAUUCAGACUAAGGAUAAUAAUCCGGUUCUGGAGGUGGCUACUAAUGAAUUAGUUGUUGUUCCCUCAAAUGGUAAUUCUUUGGACAAUGAUGGAUCCUCUGAAAGUGAGUAUGUUGAUGCCACUCAAAUGGUCAACUUUGUGCCUGAAACCCAGCUUGAUGAAAGAUUAAAGGAACAAGUAACUGACUUCUUGAAGGAAUCGUGGGAUAACAUGGCUGACUUGGAUGAUCCAGGAGUCGAUUUAUUUCAACAGAAAGAUUUUCAAUUGGUCACCAGCAAAAAAAGAAGGAACAAAAAGAACAGCUCUGCUUCCAAAACCAGUCCGUUGGCUGGUCCCAAAAAUCUUACCUUAUGA